UUAAGUAAAAUGAAAUGUUGCACAAGAUAUAUUUAUAUCGUGUUAGUACUAUUUUUCGUGAAAAUGAUCAAGUCGAGCCACGGGCAAGCAUUCUAUGAUGCUACAUCUUGUCGACAAGAUGGUAACGCUCCCGGAACAAGGUACACUUGCAUCAACACAACGUUAACCAAAAAUUCGUGUGAAACUUUCUUGAUUUAUCGAGCAAAUAAUCAGUUUGCAACCAUCUCCGCCAUCUCCACCUUGUUUGGAUUGACACCCGACACGUUGCUUGAAAUAAACCAUAUUGAUUCACCUUUAGAAACUCUCUUCGUAGAUAGAGAAGUUAUCAUUCCCGUUAGUUGUUCUUGCUCAGAUGGCUUUUUCCAAAGCAGAUUAAACUACACGGUCAAUGGAAACGCAACAUACACUGACAUAGGUUGUGGGUUUUUUGAAGGAUUGGUGAAAAAGAUCACACUUGUUGAAGAAAAUCUGAAUCAAGAAGUUAUUAAGGUUGGUAAUGUUCUUAACAUCCCCUUAAAAUGUGAUUGUCCAAAUAAUAAUGAUUAUAAGUAUUUGGUCACAUAUCCUUUGGUUUCAGGAGAUUCUAUUAGAAAAGUAAGUACAAAAUUUGGUAUUUCUAGAGAUAAUAUCUUGGCUAUCAACAAUAUAAGCCUUGAUACAACUAUCUACCCUGAAACAACUAUUUUGGUACCGUUACAAUCCAAACCCGUAAUUGAUUUCAAUAUCCCGAAUCUUCAACCACCAACCCCAGGAUUUCUUUCAACAAGCCCUGUCGAAAGAAAUGUGAAACCUGAGAAGCUCAGGAAAGUAUACAUUGUUGUCGCGGUCAUUGGGUUUGGUUUAGUACUAGCUAUAUUAGUUGUGACUGGUUUGUAUUUAAAAGCGUUAAAUAGAUGCAGACGCGACCUUUUUGUCAUACCUUCGACGCUUAGAAGCUCUUUUACAUCAUUUUCAACACCUCCACUUAGCUCCCCUAGAUCAAGGCCAAGCCCGGCCACUAGAAGCUCACCAAACUCGUGUUUGUCACCCGACCUUCUUGCUAGCAUAAAAUAUUCUUUGUAUAAUUUCACAAUUGAGGAAAUUAAAAGCAUCACGAAAGAUUUUAGCAAAGAUUGUAAAGUGAGUGAAAAUACUUAUAAAGGGUUGCUUGAUGAUGUCCAAGUACUAAUCAAAGAGAUUAAAUUCUCUGAGAUUCGACAUGUAAUUGAUCUCCAUUCGAAAAUUAAUCAUGUCAACAUUGUGAAAUUAGUUGGGGUAUGUUAUAACGAGUCGUCGUGGUCAUAUAUUGUGUUACAAUGCCCAUCAAAUGGGAGUUUAAGGGAUUGUUUAGCUAAUUCUUUAAGUUUGACAUGGCAUCGAAGAACUCAAAUCGCGUUUGAUGUCGCGACAGGGUUGCACUACCUACACUAUUGCAUUGUCCCUCCCUAUAUGCAAACAGGACUAGAUAGUGCAAAUAUAUUUGUGACAUCAAAAUGGAAGGCAAAAUUGGUAGUUUUGUCGCGAAAUCCAAAUAAUGGCACCAUUGGAUCAUCCACUUUUGAGUAUGAGAACUUUGAUGCACUAAAGAUGUUAGAAAAAGAGGAUAUUUUUGAAUUCGGGAUGGUUUUGCUCGAGAUUUUAUCAGGUAAAGUAAAGACGGAUGGUAAAUUGUUGCGCGAAUCUAUCGGUUUUUUAGGAGGAGAGGGGGGAGAAGGGGGUUGUUUUGAAAAUUUGAGGACCUUUAUGGAUCCUUGUUUGAAAGAGGGUUACUCUUUGGCAGAGGCAUUGUGUUUAGGAGUAUUGGCUAAAGCUUGUGUGGAAAGUGAUCCAUUGCAUAGACCAUCUAUGGAGGAUAUUCUUAAAGUUCUUGCUAGAAUGGUAUGACUCUGAUCAAAUAAUGAAACACACAAUUUAGGGGUACGCUAAGUAUAUGUAUGUAUGUAUUGCUAUUAUCAGAAAAAAUGUAGAAGAUCUUAUUGUUUUGAUAUGAUAAGAUCCUGAAUUUUGUUAUUGUUUUUUAAGUAUCAUAUUUACUAAAAGUCUAAAUAAGUAUGAGCAAGAUUUUACCUGA